AGGUGUAGCUACCGUUCCUGACGCAGUCUGCUCAGCCGUCUGCUGUCAUCCCUCACACGCCUUCACCGGUUAUUUACCGGGCAACAGUUGCAUCAUUUGUCAACCGGUGCGGUACAGCAGCCCUACUUCGCAAUACCUCGAGAACACAGAAUCACGCAUUUGCGCGCGCGCUACACGUUCUGUCGGUUCAGCUCGAGCGCGGUGAGUCAGUGAGGCGGGACUGGAUUAGUCUGUGCGCUGGUCAGUACUCGUUCUGUUAGCGGUACUGUAACCGGGCGGCAUGAAACGGAAUGCGGGCAACAAUUAAAGCCGGUCACACAGUCACAGAGACCGACACUCGCGUUCGCGGCUCUAUCCGUUUGUGUUCUGUGCUUCCUGUAAGGCUGGAAAGAUUGCCGCGUUAAGAAGGUUAUUCGGAGGCAGCGCUCACCCUGGAAGCACCAUGGCCAGGGGAAGCGACGAAUCUGUGAAUGGAUCGUGGAAAAAGCAAGUGGAUGACAUCAGGAACAUAUUUGAGUUUAAGGAAAUCCUCGGGACUGGGGCAUUUUCUGAGGUGGUCCUGGCCCAAGAGAAGGCCACAGGAGAGAUGUAUGCUGUGAAAUGCAUUCCAAAAAAAGCACUAAGAGGAAAAGAGAGCGGAAUAGAAAACGAGAUUGCAGUGCUGAGGAAGGUCAAGCAUGAGAACAUUGUGGCACUGGAAGACAUUUACGAGAGCCCCUCUCAUUUGUAUCUUAUUAUGCAACUUGUGUCAGGUGGGGAGUUGUUUGAUCGUAUCGUAGAGAGGGGUUUCUACACAGAGCAGGAUGCCAGCGCUUUAAUCAAGCAGGUGGUGGAUGCGGUUAACUACCUGCAUUCACUGGGGAUAGUCCACCGGGACCUGAAGCCAGAGAAUCUGCUCUAUUAUAACCCCCAUGAAGAAUCCAAGAUUAUGAUAAGUGAUUUUGGGCUGUCCAAGAUGGAGGGCGCAGCCAAUGACAUCAUGUCCACAGCCUGUGGGACGCCUGGAUAUGUGGCUCCUGAGGUAUUAGCACAGAAACCUUACAGCAAAGCUGUGGACUGCUGGUCUAUAGGAGUGAUUGCCUACAUCUUGCUGUGUGGAUACCCUCCGUUUUAUGAUGAGAAUGACUCCAAACUGUUUGAGCAAAUACUGAGGGCAGAAUACGAGUUUGAUUCCCCGUAUUGGGACGAUAUUUCUGAUUCAGCUAAAGACUUCAUUAGGAACCUGAUGCAGAAAGAUCCAGAAAAGAGGUUCACUUGUGAAGAGGCUCUUCGGCAUCCGUGGAUAGUUGGUGAUACUGCGCUCUGUAAGAACAUCCACGAAUCAGUCAGCCGACAGAUGAAGAAAAACUUUGCCAAAGCAAAAUGGCGACAAGCGUUCAACGCUACCGCAGUGAUCAGACACAUGAGGCGUCUUCAGCUCGGCAGCAGUAUGGAUUCCUCUCAACGCAGGAAGCAGAAUCCAACAUCCAUGCCAGGGAAGAGUCAGUCGGUCGAUGUUUCCUCAGUCCACCGCAGCGAUUCCCUUGAGGAGGGUGUUAUCUUUGUCUAGGUUCGUCCAUGCAAGCGGCAAACUCUUCCUCGAAGACGCCUGAGCGGCACACGCGGCCAUCCACGGUCACUACCAUCAUCACUGGCUCCAAAUGACAUCACUUCCUGUCAGACUCUUCCACUUUGUGGAAAGACGUGUUUUCUUCUAUUUAACGGUAACUUCCAUUGUCCACCGUCGCCCAAUCAAAUAAGUUUUCCUUUCUGGAAAGCCAGUGGAGUGCUAUGAAACCAGACUGAUUCCAAACUAGUGGCCGGUGUGAAUUUCAGGGGGCUGUUUUAUGUGGCUGUUGAAUGGAGAUUACAAACCUUGAGAUGAAGAACAUCUGCUCUGAGAUUUAAAAGAAGAUUAAAAAAAGGUGUAGAUAAAACGAUUUUCAUUCAGUAAAGAGUUCUUGUAACAUUUUGCUGCUUUAUUUCAACCUGUUGCGGGUUUGAAGAACCAAACGAUAAAAGAUGCGAGAUUCACAGAAGUUGGUGUAGUAAAUACAGGCUUUAAACCAAUAGCCACGUUUAUUGUCAUCCAAAACGUAUAAACUUGAAAUUCGCUCCUUAAAUGCCUCUGGCAUUUAUUAUUGAGAGAAUGAAGGAUGUGGAUAUUGUAUGAACAGAGACAUGUGUAGUUUAAUGUUUUUAUCAGCAAUCAGUGAUUUGUGUCAAAUGUUUCUGAAGGUAUAAAAUGAUGGUGGAAGAAGAGCUCUAUUUUGUGUAUGUUUGUAAGCUUUGCUUUUUUUAAAAUGACGUUUGGUCACACUUUACAUUGCAGUGAUUAUGUUGCAUUGUAAAUUCAGGUAUUUAUUGCGAUUGCCACUUACUAUUAAUAGUACAUUAUUAUUAUCAUCAAAUAUAUGUAAUAUAGACACUGUAAUGUAAACGUUUACCAUAAUUUUGUGCUUUCAAUUGUGGCUAAUGAUGAGAUUGAUAAACGCUUGACCAAUAACGUGUUUGUUUUAUCAAAAGUACCAGCUUCAGUGACCAGUGAUCUUGUGUUUCAGUGAAGCGAAAGCGACUAAAAUUUCACACAUCGGCCAGUCUUCGCAUGCAAUCAUCACAGUUUUCCAGUUUAUCUGAAGCUGUUUUGAUAUGA